AUAUAAAACACCAAUACACAUAUGAAACAUUAACUCAAAUUAGUAGAAUAAUAGAUUGCGCAUAGGUCUAUUCAAUUUUACUUGACUAGCCAAUGAGAAGGAUUUUGCAAUUAAAAUAUAAAACAUUAAGUUUCCCCCUCAUAAAACAGGCCUAUAAAAGAGCAAUUUCUAGCUCAUUCGCCACCUUUUUUUUUCUCUAAAAAAAUCUGGUCAUUAAGUGUUUUCUGCACCAGAUUAUUUCGCGUUUUGUACUUAAAAUCUUUUUACACUUGGUGUUUAUUAUCUGAAUCUCUCAUAAGUAAUGUCAUUUUGAAAGAAUAACUUAACCUUUUUAUCUUUUUAUUUUUAUUUAGUUUUGAAUAUUUAUAAAAUAUUAAGACGCAUUAAAUUUUUAUUUUGUGUUUUGUGAGUUGUUUCAAUUAAGAAUUUUUUUAAUUCUUCAAUUGAAGUGUCUAUUUAAUAAGUGCAUUUCGAAAAUCUACCUUAGCACAUCUAGCGGUUAAAACUAUUGCAAUAUUAUAGUUUGUGACGUGUCACUAAGGAGAUCGUAGAAUGUAUUUUAAAUUUAAAUAGAUACGUGUUUGAUUGAUUGCACAAGAUACUGAUGGUUUGUUGAGAUCAUUACCCUAGCACAUCUAGCGGUUGAAAUUAUUGGUAAAACAAUAGUUUAUAACGUGUCACUAGGGAUUGGUUCUCAUAAGCUAUCUGGUUAUAUAAAUAUUUAUUUUAAAAUAUAAAGUAACAUAUAUACUCAGACACCAAGUAUAGAAAGGAACUACAGUGAAGUAAUAUUUCAAGAUUAAUAAUAUGCAUAAUUUUACAAAAUAAAUAAGUAGAUAAAAGUCAGUGCUCUUUUUAUUUAUAUUAUUCUUGCAACAAACGAUCAAGCUAGCUGGACACAAGUUAAAUAAGUUAAAAGACAGAAAAAUUCAGCUUCAAAUAUUGAAAAUGAAUGGAAUACUGAUGAAGCUAGGUUAUUACUUAACUAGCUAAGUAAAAACAAUACCUAUGUCAAUGUAACAAAGAAUACAGGAAGCAUAAAAAGAUUUCCAUCAAUACAAAUUUAGUUAGCUAAGUAAAUACAAUAAAAUCAUGGGCUUAAAGCUGAAAAAAUAUUGGGAUCAUAAAUAGUCUCAGUGAAUUUGUGAGCAUAGUCGACAGUUAUGCUCGCAGUUAUGUUGGAUAAUGUCAUCAAAGUUACAACUUUGAAUAUAAAAUACAAGAGAAGAAAUAGAUUGUUGCCAUGUAUUCCAAUGAUACUAACAGAUAUGCAAUUUCCAUUUAAACGUUUGCAGUUUCCGAUGUGACUCACUUUUGCAACGACCAUCAACAAAACACAUCGGCAAUCGUUACAGCUGUAUAAACUAGAAUAGGAGAAUCCGAGUUUCUUGUACGGAAAACUGUAUUUAGCUAGCUUAUACAUCAGAAAACCUGAAUUUUUCGUGUACUCACCAAGCGGAAAAACAAUAAUUAUCGUAUAUCUAAAAAUACUCGAAUAUAUAAAUGGAAUGUAUUAGAGAAUAAUGAACAAGUUUAAAUAAAAAGAAAUCCACUGUUUAUUGGAUUUUUGAGUUUCUCUAAGUUUCAUUUUCUCUACAAUCGCAGAAAAGUGAGACAGAAUAUGAACAAAGUAGAAGGUCUAGAUACUAGCCUUGAGCUGGAUUAUGUGAUAACUCUACCAUCGAAUCAAGCAUCCAUCUUUCGAAAAGAAUUGAUGAAAAAAGGGGUGCCAAAUAGUUCUAUCAAAAUUGUAAAAAGUAUUGAAAGUGAAUUUUCUAUAGAUAAAUAUGUAAACAAUAACCAUCGCACAAGACCACGAGUAAAAUUUAUGCCAACUUUUGUCAAACUCGGCACAUACGGUGAUGGCGAAUAUAACGUAUUAAUGCGUAGAAGAACUUCGCCGGAUGCUCGAGAAACUGUUUGGAUAACAUUAGCAUCAAAUGCUUAUGGAGCUUCCUCAAAUACUUCCAAUCAACCUAGUUGUGAUGGGGAUCAAAUUGAUAAUGCUGUAAAUAAGAAAGAAAAUGUAGCAAUUAGUAUGACAGUUAAUGAAAUAUGCAAUCAUGAGGGUUUAAUGAUAAAUAAUUGUCAAUGUAGAAGCAAUACAUGUUUUGAGUACCGUGAGGCUUUGAUUAAAUAUUUUUCAUCCUAUGAUGCAAAUUGUACCGAAUGUUUAUUUAAAAAAAUAGCCGACAGUCUGCUAACCAAUUAUGAUAAUGAAUCAAUUCAAGAAAGUGAAUUCGUUAAUGAUUCUAACAUGUGUCAUCUAUCAUUAACAGAAAUUAAGGAAAGAGAUUUUGUUGAGUCGGAGAUUAUACAUAAGGAGAAUUUAACCAACGACCAAGCAGCACUAGAAAUAGAGGAAUACAGUUCUAUUACAUCAAAAGAAGUAUCAAAGGAGAAAUCGACCGACAUUCGUCUAAAAGGACUGAGUAGUGGAGAAUCGAACACUACAUUCAGUACAUUGUGUGAAUCAAAUAUAGAAGUAUCAAACGUUGUGGAAGGCUGUGAUGAAAAUCAGUCAAACUCAACACCACAAUCAACUGAAAUUAAUAACGAACUUCAAACAAAUAAAGAAUUACCUAUAGAUAACGAAAAAGUUUUACGACAAUUAAAUGUAAAGCCAGUUAAACGAUCAUUUUUUUCAGGAUUAUUUAAUAAAAAGAAAAAAAAGGAAAAAAAAAUCAAUUUAAAAAACUCGCAAAAACAAUCAUUGUAGAUUAAGUUUACAUAAAAGACAAUAGUAACAAACCUCAAAAGUAUUAAAUAUUUAAUUUAAAAAUGUACAGUAGAACGGAUUAAAAUGUUUAGAAUUAUUGAAAUUA